GGGUGCACUGGUUAAUAAAACCGGUCACUAUAACUACAUUUUACUAAUGUAAUUUUAGUGAAGUAAUUUUCCUCACUAACAUUCUUGUGUCUUUAUAUAGAACAGUUCAGGCGAUGUUAAAUUAUUAAUCCAGAAAAAUAAAAAUUACAAAAUUGUGACAGGUUUUUUAAAACAUAAAGUAGCUGCUGUAGGUCAAGUGUUUAUUUAAAGGACUAAUAACCACGAAAGGCAUUUUAUGUCUGAGAGGUUUCUCGCUUCACCUCAGCUGAGCGGCGUCUCGUAUUUCAAAGCGGAACCCAAGUUGACUUUGGGCUGAGUGUUUUGUUUCUGCACGAACAAAUAAUCUGGUUUAUCUUGGUUACGUAGCGGAGAUGGCGGCCCUCCGGACGGCACUCCACGGACGACUUGUUCAGGCCCUCCCUUUUCCCAUUGGCUCCCUGCGGUUUGCCAGCUCCUUUAAGGCAGCAGAUAUCAACAUCGAACGCAACACAGCAUGCAAGCCCAGGCCCGACCCCUCCACCUUGGUGUUCGGCAAACAGUUCUCCGACCACAUGUUGACCAUCAACUGGUCGGAGAAGGACGGCUGGGAGGUUCCACAGAUCAAACCUUUCAAGAACCUGUCGCUGCACCCUGCCAGCUCUGCCCUGCACUACUCUAUAGAGCUGUUUGAAGGCAUGAAGGCUUUUCGUGGUGUCGACAACCACAUCCGUCUGUUCAGACCCAUGCUGAACAUGGAGAGGAUGCACAGGAGCACCGACAGAAGCUGCCUUCCUCUGUUUGAUAAAGGUGAACUGCUGGAGUGCAUCAGGAAGCUGGUGGAGGUCGACCAGGAGUGGGUCCCCUACUCCCAGGACGCCAGCCUCUACAUCAGACCCACCUUCAUAGGAAUUGAGCCAUCCCUUGGCGUGUCUCGGCCAGGAAAAGCCAUGAUCUUUGUCAUCGUCGGCCCCGUGGGGCCCUACUUUGCCACAGGGUCCUUUAACCCCGUGUCUCUGCUGGCGGACCCUUCGUUUGUCAGAGCCUGGAAAGGAGGCGUCGGGGCAUAUAAAAUGGGAGGUAACUACGGCCCCACGAUAAUGGUGCAGAACGAGGCGGUGAAGCGCGGCUGUCAGCAGGUCCUGUGGCUGUACGGAGAGCAGGAGGAGAUCACCGAGGUCGGCACUAUGAACCUCUUCAUCUACUGGACCAACGAGAAAGGAGAGAGAGAGUUGGUGACUCCUCCCCUCGAUGGCAUCAUUCUCCCAGGAGUCACCAGACAGUCUCUGCUGGACCUCGCCAGAGCCUGGGGGGAGUUUAAGGUGACAGAGCGUACAAUGAACAUGAAGGAGCUGCUCAAGGCUCUGGAUGGUGGCAGGAUCCUGGAGGUGUUCGGGGCAGGGACGGCCUGUGUGGUCUGUCCUGUGGGCAGCCUCCUCUACAGAGGGAAGACGUAUCAGAUCCCGACGAUGCAGAACGGUCCAGAUCUAGCAAAGAGGUUCCACAAAGAGCUUACUGAUAUUCAGUAUGGACGCAAAGCAAGCGAAUGGGCACCACUCGUUGUUUAAACGGCCAUUUUGCACAUGCCAGUUGUAUCAACGGUUAAUCCCAUAAUUCCAGUUUGGACGACCAGCCCCGUCACCACCACCAUCAUCCCCCUCUUCCUUUCCUCUCAACCCACUAAUACACUCCAGCUUACUCACAACCCGAGCAGACAGGACGCUUCUCUCUGUCUUCUUGGGCAACUUUCUCUACGGACGCUCAUAGGAAUGCGGUUGGUGGUUUGAAUGUGACGGCUUGCUUAGAGAAGCAAUAUUAACAACAAUAUGCAACGCUUUGACUCAACACAACCCUUAACCUCGAGGUGUGAACAUCAAAAACAGGAAAAACAGCUGUUAUUGGAGGAAGAAAAAAAAAAGAAAAAGUGAAUGCAAGAAAACAGACGAUAAAUAUUGAUCAAAACAUAAAGAUGAGCUGUAUCUGGUGGUCAUAUCUACUACACUAGUAUGAGUGCAUUCAGAUCUCCUUAGAGUGUCUGUCCUCAUAUUCACUUGCUCAUAGUUAAGAGCACAAACUUUCAUCAUCAUCGACAUUGAAUUCUUGUCUCAAAAGACGCACAAACUGACAUAUUUAUGCAUAGGAAGUGAAGUAUUUGCAAUACUAAAGCAGCUCUGUAUUUGGUGUGUAGGACUUAACAUUAUACAUAUUUUCUAAGUAAUGUUGCUCACCAACAUGUGUAUUUCACAAUACAAGUGUUUUACUUGUAUUAACAAUAAACUGUACCGCUCACCACAACCUGUGGGGAGUUUGCUCCGGAGACUUUUAACUGUUUCAGUGGCAUUAGCUGAAAAUAGAAGGUCAGGUGAAUACCUCUAAACGCAUCAUAGGAUGUUUUGUUACUGUCGUGUUCAUAACGAUCUGUCUGAGAGAGCUGCCGUAGUUCUUCUUGGGGCCAUUCCACUUUGAACACCAGAGUUUGCACUGACCUUGGGUUAAUGUCAGGUUUGUAUCUGAGUGUGACUCAGAUUUUUAGCACGGAUAAACAAACGUUUUUUUUACGUUUGUUGGUUUUGUUUGUUACGAAUACGACUGCACAACAACUAAAGAUUGAGAUUUUUUUUUUUUUAAAAAAAAAGAAAAAAAGGCAAGGUCAAAGUGAACGUUAGCACACACACACACACUCAUAAGUGGUAGGACGACAGAAGGAGGCCUACAUGCUGUAGAAAGGAAGGACUGUUAGAUGCUGACACUUCCUCCUGCACAAGUUACUGUGUAAUCAUUAUGAAAACAAUGUAUAGUAACAAAUAGAAUGUGUUGUUAUUUUAGAGGUUUUUAAAUUAUAUUUUUUUCCUCGUAUUGAUGUGAAAUUAGGUCGACUUGUCUUCCAAAGUUCUCGGAUGUGUCACCAGUGUUUUUGCUGUAUCCUCGGCUUCGUGUGCUUCCCUCGCUGGUUUUCCUCUCUUUUGAAUGUAAUUUUAUUUUUACACACAAACUGUACGACACCUGUCCCUCUCUUCUAAGUGCCUGACCUCAGUCUGUUAGCUUGUUGCUGUCAGCUGCUCUUGUAUUUUUCCAGUUUGUGCACUAGGGGAUUUAGCUGGAUUCUUUAAGUAAUGUCAGUUUAGUUCUUGUUUUUUAAAUGUGUUGUUAUUUUAACUCG